CUUCGUGGUGCCGUCUUUGUGCGACGUACUUAAAAUUUUGUAAUUAUCUUUUCAUCACAACCGUGAAGAAAAAAAGAAUAAGAAAAAUCAAAAUUUCUAAUCAGAAAAAAAAAUGUAACAAAAGAAUUUGUUAAUUCUUCUUGUGAAAUUAACGUUCAAUCCGAGAGGUGUUGUUUAAUAAAACAAAAAUUAAUAAAACUCUCAAUUAAAAACGUCUCUUCUGAAACGCAAAUUAAGUUUUACGGAGAAAAAUUGUGUUUCUGAAGUAAAAAAUAAAUGGGAGGAGAAAUAAGUUUGAAGCUUCUGUGAAUUUCCUUUUUUUUUAAACAACAAACUGAAUUAAUAAUAAAAACAAAACAGUGACAAUUGUUAUAUCCUUAAAAUCAUGAUGGAAUCGACAAGUUCAACUACUUCAACUGCCGAAAAGGCUUCAAUUUUGGAAGGCAUUCUAACAAAUCUCUUUGAUUGCUUAUCCGACAAAGAUGAAGCUGUUCGUCUAGCUGUUCAAAAUUCUCUGGUUAAAGUUCAUGAAAAAAAACCAGAUGCUUGUACUGAGAUCUUAGCUGACUACAGAUCAAAACAUCCAAAAUUAAGUGACCAAUCUAUAGCAAUUCUACUAAGAGUUCUUGAAACUGUUGUAAGUUCAGAUGUUACGAUUAAAACAGAAACCUAUCAAAAGAUCGUCUCAUUUGCCAUUGAUGAACUUACUAAAUCAAAUGAAAAUGUACCAUCGAUACAAGCACACGCCUUGGCGAUUCUUGUUGCUAUUGGAAGACAAGACUGUAAAAUGGUUAUGGAAGCUUUAAUGGGUCAUGCAAAAGAAGGAACUGUCCUUCAUUUCAUGGUCAUGCAAUGUAUGGGUACUCUUGCUACAGCAAAUGUCUCUGGGACCCUUCCAUUUAUUAAACCCAUUCUAUCCUCAAUCCUUCCAAAUAUGGGUGGAAUCAAACAAGAUCAUGUCAAACAAGCACAUGCUUUUGCGAUUGGCCGUUUCAGUGAAGCUCUCCUCGAACAAACGUCUGUUGACAAAACCGAUACUGAGACAGAGACUGAAUCAGCAGAUGUCCUUUGUUCAACGGAAAUCUCUGUCGCUUAUGACGUGCUCUUCAAUCAAUGGCUUCAAUCUCGUGAGCCAAAAGUUUGCGUUGAAAUACUUCAGGCACUCUCGAGCAUGUAUCCCCUCCUGCCAAAAGAGAAAAUCCAAGACCAAUCACAACGCUUAAUCCCCAGCAUUCUAAAUCUAUACCGCAGAUCCAUUGAGAGAAAUUCUGUGACACAAUUCCUUUCAUCCGUGCUGCGGACAACCAUUCAAAUCCAGCCUAAUAUUCUCGAUCCCAUUGCGGAUUCUUUGGUGGCAAGUCUUUUUGACUUGGUUUGUGUGUAUCCUGACUAUGAAAAACCCCAAACAGUCAAGGGUCACUAUGAGGUUCUGCGAUGUCUUCACCUCUUGUCCAAUGUCUAUGCAGCCAAAAUCAUGGAUAUGCUAUUGGUUCAUCUUCGAAACAACAGUGAACGGGAGCGAAUCAAAUCACUCCUCAUUCUAACACACUUGACAAACGCUUCUCCGGAGAAUGUUGAAAGCAAAAUUCCUGGCUUCAUGGAAGUCCUGAAACAGAUGAUCCUAACAGAGAAGGCAAUUAAAAUGAAGAUGACUCUUCUAAAGGCAAUUGUGGCCCUAGCUCAGAAGUCUUUCAUAAAGGAAAAAGAAUUCGUUUGGUAUAUUGUGAGGCAUUCCUGCAGGUACACCAAAAUAAAUAGCGAGUAUGGAACCAGCGAAGAACAUCAGGACUUCAUGCAAUCCUGUGAGAAUUCCCUUUUCAUGUUAUCCUCGACUGUUGGCACAAUGGAUGAACUCCUAAAACGUGAGCUACUAAACUACUUCGUGCUCUUGGAUUAUUCGGAUAUUUGUUCCAACAUCACCAAAUGCAUGGCCAGCCUGUUUGCCAAGAAUCCUAACAUAGAGUUCGAAGUAAACGAUGAACCAGACGAAGAGGCAGUUGGAAAUAAAAAAUCCAAAAUCACCGUUCCCAGUCCGGAGACAGUGUUUGCCAGGUGUAUUGCAUUAUUGGGAAAUUACACCAAUAUCAAGCGUAUUACAAACGUCCUGGCAUUCCUUAAGUUCUACUAUCCCCAUCUCAAUCCCGAACUUGCCAGUCUUUGGGAUAAAAAGAUCCCUGAACUCCUCCUUUACAUAGGAGUCGAGAAAACUUUCUACCUUUACCUAACCCGAUUCAUAAAUGAAACCGUUGAGUUCCUGCAGCUCAACGAUAAUAACUUCGCAGAGCGCUUAGUUAACAAAAUGUCUGAUCAGAUGCUGAACUAUCCCAUUCAAGUUCCAGUUCACGAAUUCUUUAUUCCAUCAAUGAGCGAGGAACGUGGCAUGGUAUUAAAAGCGAUCGGACUGACUCUCUGUCACAUAACGGAGCAACAAACUGUUCUGGCAAAAAUUGACAUGAUAAUUGGAUGCGGGAAACAGGAGAAGCUCGACAAGCAUGUCUCACAUGCGGACUAUGAACAGAAAAUAUGCAAUGCUGCUCGAGCUUUGGGCUACGUUUCCAAAGCCCAUUCGGCUCUAGUAAUUAGAAAACUUACCGAACUGGCCAAUUUGGGUGCAAGAAAGCAUUCGACAGGUUUCUUCAGCAAUCUGCAUUUCAUGAAGGACACUCACAAGGAAAUCGAUAUGUACAAAACGAAUCUUCUGCUAGUUAAGGCCUACGGCCACAUGAUGGAAGAUGACGAAGAUGGAAGCACUCAAAUUGACGACACCAUCUUAUCGUUCCUCAUUCAACAGAUAAGCGAAACAAAGGAUCACACCAUGGUAAAGGCGACCCUGAGGACACUGCUUUGCAUUUGCAGCCAGAUUCUACGAUACAAGGAAAUCUACACCAAUCCCCUCAAAUUCCGUAAGCCCAUGAUGGACGCGGUCUUUAGUAUACAAAUCGAAGCGCCCUUCGAUGAGCUGCCAUUGCUGCCGACAAUUCUUAAACUUGGCACCAGUUUUGUGCGAAUCGAUUCGACAAAUGGCGGUGAAUUUGAUGGUGGGAUAAUUUUUGAGAUCGCUUGCAAGAAUUUCUUCUCCUGUGCCAGAUUUUUGCGGACUAAAUUUGAAUCCACCGAAGAAGAUAACAAAAAUAGUUUCCUAGCAAUGCACCUGAAUGAAUCUCUGCCUGAGUUGAAUUCCCUGGUAAAGGUCAUCAUCGAGAACGACCCAUCGCCAGCAACCCUCGAUCUAAUAAUAUCGAUCCUUGAAUGCUGGACAAGGGAACCGAAUAGUGAAGUGCGGAUUUGUGCGAGUCACGUUCUCAAUAAUUCAUUGGAAGUUUACAUAAAAUCGAUGCGACUGGGCUGCGAGGCUCCAUCGAAAUUCAAUCAGACCGGAUCGAUGCUGGGAAAGAUUGUGCCCAGAUGCAUUGAUUCGAAUGCGACAGUUCGACAGGUGUCCGUGGAGAUUCUGCAAAAGACUCUUGAGAUAUCCUGCAUCUAUGAGACCUUGACAAUAGCGGAUAGUAGUGUGGAUUGGGUAAAGGAGAUUGAAAUGGUCAAAGAGAACAUAAUCACAGAUGAUCCCAAGAAGAUCUACCAUUUGGCUGGUAAUAUUGCAAAAAUUAUCGCCUUGAGAAUGUCAAAUUUUCAAUAUUUACAAUUUUGCAAAACACUUCUUAACUGCUUGAAGGAUCCAGAACAGAGUUCUGCAAUAGGUGCUUCUGUAGUUCUGAAGUUCUUUAUACAGCAAAAAGGUUCCGAAUUAUUCCACGCGAUUCCUGAUCUUGUAAAAGAAAGUUUAACGGCUGUCAAUGCUUGUGAUAUUUCCAGAGCUAAGUCCGGCGUGAUCAAAGCUAUUGCUGCAUUAACCAAACACCAUCCGAAGUUAGUGUGCUCUGAAAUGCUUUCCCAGCAACUUCCUUUUGAGGAAAAUGUCGUUGAAUAUUGGCAUACAAUAUGCCUCGAUCCAGACCUCACAGGAUUGAUCUUGGACAAUUUCUUGACAAUUCUUUCAUCAUCCUGUUUAUACGAGCCUAACGAGGGAUCCAGUGACAGACAGAAAAUUGCGAGUGUCCCGCCAUUUUCAAUAUUCUGUGCAAUGCGGGAAAUGUUUCCUUGUAAGGAAAUUCAUGAGGAGUUAAAACAAAAGUUUCCCGAUAUCUUUACAAUGCUCCUAACUUCUCUGGCAACUUAUACAAACCUAGCCCCACCAAUGCUAAUGUUAAAAGCUUCCCCCACAACGGGAAAGCCUCCAGCACCACUUACCGGAAAGAAUAAGUUCGGAUUCAUCCCCAACAAAGAUUCAAUCAAAUUAAAUCCAUGUCAAAUAGUAUUGGAGACCUUCCAGGCAUUUUUGAAAAAUAUGGAAAUGGAACAAAUAUCGACUGUUUUGACUAUUAGCAAUAAUUUAUCGACCAGCACUGAUUUGAAAAAUUUCAUAGAAUUACUGACUCCCAUGGCAAUUGGCGUUUCAAAUCAAUUCUCAAUCAAUUCGAGUUCCAUGAAGCAAAUCAUAACAUCACUGAGCAAGUAUGUUUCAAGUCCUUAUGAUGGCCAGAGAAUAGCCUCGAUUGGUCUUUAUUCGAAAUUGGUGCCGCUGAAGCCAUGUGGAGAAAUCUCAUCGGUGAUAAUGCUGCAUUUGAGUUCGGCACUGAGUGACCCAAACCCAGUUGUUAGGGGUUUGAGUAUACAGGGGCUGGGUUAUGUUGGCUAUUUGACUGAACAUGAUAUUGAUAAGUAUACCGAAACAGCAAUAACCGCUCUCCUAAAAGGAAUCGAUGAUACAAAUAGUGAUUGUCUUAUUAAUAUUCCUCUGGAAAGUAAACGAGGUCUUUCGAGAAUCCUUCAAAUGCUACCAAGCGAUCGAGUUGAAUCUUUCCAUGUAUCCUUGGCCAUACGGAUUCGACCAUUCUUCGGUAGUAAUUCGAUUGAAAUUCGAGAGGCUGCAAUUAUACUUUUUGGCGAUUUGUGUGAAUCGAAGAUGAGCAUCAAUGAUGGCAGCAUGACACCAAAUUAUUCAUCUGAAGCCCUGAAAGAACAACUUUUUGCUAACUUAUUUCCACUUAUUUUGCAUUUGAGUGAGAGCGAACCUACAGUUAUAAGGGCAUGUAAAGUAACUCUAAGGAAGGUUGGUGCCCUUUUAAAUGCUCCCAAAGUCAACGAGAUGGCUCAAAAGCAUUUACUCGAUCAUGGUCAACUAAAUUAUAAUGUUUUUAUUUUGGACUUUGUCAAAGUCAUAGCUACAGAUCUACCAGAUUCUAUCCAAGACUUCAUCGAGUCUUGUAUACCAAAACUACGUAGUCAAUGGCCUGAAGUUCGUGGUAAUGCAGCAAUUAUAAUUGGAAUUCUUCAUAAUUACAUAACUGAUAAAAAUCAACAAACUGAAUCUGUUGGCAAUAAAAUUGCCAUCCUACUCAAGGAUGAAAAUCACACAGUUCGUUUUAAAGCAGCAACAGCCUUAGGAUAUUUUUAUGGAGAAAUUUAAUUUUUACGAUAGUUAGAACUUAGGGCAAACUAUUAAAACAAAAACUAGAUGUGAUGUAAAGUAUUUACCCUCAUUAAUAAAAUUAACCUCGAAUUUGAAAAAUGCUAAAAUCAGCAAUUUAAAAACAAAUUUAUACACCCACAAUCUUUGUUGACCAAAAAUUAAAACAAACAAAAACAACCCAAGUAGAGCUUCUUUAUAAUAUGCGCGCUCAAGCCAAUGAGCUUUGUGUGUGUAUUAGCUGUAAAAAAAAUCAAUUAAUCUUUUUGUUGAAAUUAUUUUAUUUAUAAACAAAAUUAAAUAUAUUAUGCAUAUUAUUAAAUUAAGAACAAAAACCUAUAUAUAUAAAAAAAAGAAAUACAAAAAUUAUUUAUGUAUACACAAAGUGAUAAAAUAAAAUGAAAUAAACUGAAAAUUAUUUAAA